AUGUCGGAUCCAGCACCGGCUGAAGCCGGCCCGCUCGAAGCAGACAAUGGAGAGGAGAAUGAUACCAAUGAUGACAGCGAUUCGGCCAUGGGAGUGUCUGUGCUCGGGUCAUCUGCGUCCAUGACUAGCAGCAUCAUGCGUUACCGCGAAGAAAAUGGAAGAACAUAUCACGCAUAUCGAGAAGGCAGAUAUGUUUUGCCGAACGACGCGCUAUUUGUAUCACCGGCUGGUCGCGACAAGCCUUUGAAGAGAGUAUUGGAUGCAGGAACCGGGACUGGAAUUUGGGCAAUGGACUUCGCCGAUGAUCACCAAGAAACUUUGAUUACUGGCGUUGACUUAAGCCCAAUACAACCGCCUUUUGUACCUCCCAACGUCACAUUCUACAUUGACGACCUGGAGGAUGACUGGACAUACUCCUACAAAUUCGACUUCGUCUUUGGUCGAAUGCUCACAGGCUCAAUAGCAGACUGGCCGAGGUUCAUCCGCCAAAGCUACGAAAACCUCGCGCCAGGGGGCUGGAUCGAGUUGUCCGACAUCCUCUUAGACCUCCAAAGCGACGACGGAACAGUCACCCAAGAGUGCGCAACUCAAAAGUGGGCAGGGCACAUGCUCGAGGCGGCAGCGAUAUGGAAGCGGCCGCUAGACAGCUGCAAAUUCUACAAGGAGCAGCUCGCGGAAGCGGGGUUCACUAAUAUCGAGGAAAAGAUUUACAAAUGGCCGUCGAACCCGUGGCCGAAAGAUCCAAAGUAUAAGGAGCUAGGCGUGUGGACGUACGAGAACCUAGGGAAUGGUUUGUCUGGACUUAGUUUGGCUCUUUUCACUCGGGCUCUUGGGUGGUCUGCUGAGCAGCUUGAGGUCUUUUUGGUGGAUGCCAGGAAAGACAUGAGAGACAGGUCUAUACACGGAUGGUGGCCAGUGUAA